UCCAGCUGCUAGUGCCUAUAGAUGCUUCCAAUAGGCGCAGCUGGAUGGAAUUAAAAAUAUCGAAAAUGGCAAACUGUCGUUACUACCGUACAUACCUUGACAUCGUUGUAUCACUCAUAAUUGUUGUUGCAAUAAGUUUCACAUAUGCACAAACGAACAGUAAGGAUAAUGGCGUAGAUGAGCAGCCGUCCAUUGAAACGACUACAGCCAUGGCAGAUGAUGGCAGCGCGCAGGGUUUCGAUUUUCAGGAAGUAGUGCGCACAUGCAAUGCAAGCUUUACUGUGCCAUUGGAAUAUAUGCAGCGUUUCAACGAAACAGCAGAGUUGCCAAAUACGACGGAUAAAACGGGCAUGUGUUUCAUGCGCUGCUACAUGGAGAAUGCUGGCCUAUUGCGCAAUUGGCAACUGAAUCGUGCGUUGAUCAUGCAAACAAUGUGGCCAGCAACUGGAGACUCGAUCCCCGUAUGUCAGAAUGAAGGAUCUCGUGAAACUUGUCCUUGCAAGCGGGCUUACGCCAUCGCUAAGUGUCUGAUGAUACGCGCUCUUGUGGAUGCCCGCAACAAGCCGAUCGUUUGACGAGGGCUUGGUCGCCUCUCGCACAUCGAUAAACUCUAAGCGCCUGCAAAUGCACUCGUCGCAGUUAAUUUUAUUGGUAGUUUUGCACCUUUAUGCCCCAUAAAUGUGUAUUUAUCAAUGUUAUUAGGUACUUGCUCCAUUAUAUGCAUAUGUUCGAGCUCA